UUCGCAUCGCAAAAACAAAAUGGCCGUCUCUGAUGGAGAAAGGUGUGUCGCUGUCGCGUAAUACAUAUUUUGCGACUUGCAGCGAGGAAUAUCAUUGAACUUCAGUGAAAAGUUUUGGUGUUUUAUUACUACUGCGCCGCCGGCUGCCGUGCGACCGCCGCGUGGCAGGGCUUCGCCCUUCGCGUCGCGCGCGUUUGGAGCCCUCGCUCCUUCCGACCCUCGGUCGGAAUCCUCAAGGAUGUCGAGCUCCAGGCGCAACGGGUCGGUGUCCCGCGCCGCGGAGGCCGCCUCCAAGAACCGGCUUCACAUGGAUCGGAACCCGCAGCACUCCAGGAUAACCGAUCCAUCGAAUCCGGCCGGACGCCGCAAGGAGAUAGACAACGUGAUGAAGAGAGCGCGCCAGGCGUCACCUGGCAGCUGGGACCGGAAGCUUCUACAGGUUGAAGAAAAGGACCCUAACAGAUGGCGCCACACUGGCUACAAGCAGUUGUACUUGGACGGCUCGCGGUCGCCCUCCCCGCGCCGCUCCCGUUCCCCCGCCAGGCGCUCCAGGUCGCCGCCGCCGCUGUCCCGGCGCUCGCGCAGCCCGCUGCGGCGCUCGCGCUCGCCGCCGCCGCGCCGCGCCGAACACGCGCGCUCGCCGCGCCGGAGCCCGAGGCGAUCACCCAGACGCAGCCCGCUCCCGCUCGGCGGUCGCCGCCGCUCGCCGCGCCCGCGCUCCCCGCCGCCCCGCCCGCGUGACGCUCGCGACACCCGUGACGCACGCGACACCCGUGACGCACGUGACGCACGUGACACACGUGACGCGCGCGACAGACGCGACGCGGCGGACGUGCGGCGCGCGCGGCCGAGACCCGCGCCGCCGCCGGCUGCGAGGCCGCCGUCGCCGCCGGACCCUAGAAAGUCGUCUGGCUCCGGAUCAUCCGGGAGCAGCUGUUCGGAUGAGUCCUGCUCGGUGUGCUCGGCCAAGAACAAGAAACCGACCGGACCGCCGCCCGGACCUAAAGGGGCCAAGCCACCGCCGGGUGCGCCUCCUGCCAAGCGUCCGCCGGCCUCGUCGGCGCGCGCCGUGCAGCCCACGCGGGAGCUGCUCAAGGCCCGCGAGGCCAGCAAACGCACCCGCGAGGAGAAGGUGUUAGAAUGGCAGCGGUCUCAGAUGGCCGUCAACCGCCCCCCCGCGGCCCCCAUCCCCGCCACGCAGAUCAAGCGCGAGGGAGAGAGACGGCGCGAGCCCCGCGACCCGCGCGAGGGAGAGAGGAGACGCGGCGUGUCGCCCGCGGCCAUCGCCGCUGCUCUCAACGACAGUGACAGCGAUAGCGAGUCUGAUGCCAGCUCGGAGCAACCGCAGAGGUUAACCCUGUCGGAGCGUUUCGGCAAGAUGGCGCAAUGGUCCGCCGACCGUAGCGCCCGUCUUGAGAACAUGCGCAUCACGCGCCGCGACAGCGCGCUGCACGUGCGCAUAGAGCGGCCCGACGGAGCGCCCGAGCCGGCGGCGGAGCCCUACCCAGGCCUAGAAGCGGCCCCAGUCGGCAGCUACCCCGAGGAACUCCUGGCGGCGGCCCCCGGAGGCCUGCCGUCCUGGGACGACGUGCGAGUCCGCUACGACUACUACAAGAAACGAGGGUAUCUGCGAGGACUGACGCUGAGCGACUACGUGAAGUGGGAGGAAUGGUGGUACAAGUACCAGGAGUGGCUGAAGAGAGAGCGCGCCUACGAGCGCUGGGCCGAGGGCGAGGUGGGAUCGGUGCGACGCGAGCGUCGCCGUCGAGGCGGGCGGCACCGGCGCAGCUGAGGGCGCGCCGCCCCCGCGGCGGUCCUGGCCGUGGACCUGGCCGCGGGGGCGGCGCCCGACCUGUAGGCGCCACCACCGUGCGGGCCGGCUGCAAUCCUGCGAUGCAGUGGUUGAUCUCUAAACCAGCCGUCACCCAAACACAAGAAAAAGACUAUUCAGUGCUAGUGUUUAUUAACCUACUGUGCGUACUAACUUAGUUAUAAUAUAAUAAAUAUAGUCUGUCAAGCAAAGUAUGUCAGUAGCAAUGUACAGCAAAGUGAAGUAGGACAGUCAAAGAGCAGUAUUGCGCUAAGAAAAGCAGCAAUGUACAUCGAACCAAAACAUGUAAUUGUCAUAACCUCAAAUUUUACAAAUAUUUCAACGACCAUGAUUGUACAUUGUAGGCACCUUGACUUUGCUUAAGUUCAUGCGCAAUCUUAUUUAAUAUAUUGGUAUUUAAUGGUGACAGCAGAAAUUUCUCUUGAAAUAGCAACGAUUCAGAAUGUAAACAAACAAGAUGGCUGUCAUUCACGAGCCACAUUCCGCAGAUAAAACACAGAUGACACGCGAUUUCGGAAUUAUUCGAAAACAGAGUUGCUAACCCGCGAUUUUUCAAAUUUGCUGCAUUUUGCUACUGACAAGAUUUGCUUGACCAAGUAUAAUAAAUGUAUGUAGUAGUGUAUUUAUCCUUACGUGUCUUAUCAUGUAAGCAAACGUGACGUCAAAGUGUCAUUCCCACAAUACGAUUCAUAGACAAUCUAGACAUCGUAAUGUCAUGUUUUUGAGGUGAUUCAUUCGUUACUGCGAUUAUUGAUGAAAAUCUUAUUAGAAAUUAUAUUUUUCAGUUAUUUAGUUAAUUUCAAUACUUUGUGAGUUUCUUUAAGUAUACGACAACAUUUUAAGGUAUCGUCUUGGGUCGUCCCAUUCGUUUUUCGUUAAGUUCUUAAAUUAGUCCUAUUCUGUUUUCGUCACUCAUUCUACAUUGAAAGCCACCGACAAUUGGAACGAAUGUAGAUGAUGUCUUCGAGAAGUGUUUAUUUACAAUGUUUACAUGAUAGGACAAGUAAGGAUGUAUACACUUUAAGUACUACCAGUUAACACCAUGAGCUAAUUAGACACCAUACGACUAUUUUACUAAAAAAGUGUCUUCAAUGUGUCAUGAAUAUGGUAGUACUGUCAAAGGUUAACAGUUUAAUUGAAGCUUUCGAACUUGUGAAAAUUACAAUUUUAUUGUUAUUGUGACAAGGUUGAAAAUGUACUUUGGAAGCUAUAGCGAUAAUGUGCUAUUCCAAUCGACCGGCUGGAGUCGGGCCGCGUCGGAACGCAUUUUUAAUGUGUCUAUACCUUAGAGGAUAUAACCAAUGGAGACGCCAUGUCUAUAAUUUUCGGUACAAAAUAGUCUGCCGUUUUUUGCGGGGGAGGGGCACAUCAAAUGUAUACGUAAAGGUCAACAUAGCCAUGUCAGAUAAACGUCAGUCCACACAUGUGUUUGACAUCUGGUUGACCAUUGGCGGCCUUUUUUCGACAGAGGGGAACGCCUGUUAAUGACCACUCCGUUGGUUAUAUUC